AUGGGGUUGAAGCUAUUCGAGGUUGAUGACGAUGACAUCGAGAAGGUUGACAAGAUCGAGAUCAACGAGGAAUUUGCCCUUAUAUACGAGCAUAAUAAGAAGAGAGAGGACUUGCAAAGGCUGGAAGAGCUGAAGAAGAAAGGCCUCGUCGAUGUCUCUGACAACGAAGACUCCUCUGAAGACGACGAAGAAAAAGAAGAGGAGUAUUUGAACCCUUCGAGUAAUUUAAAGUUCAUUGAUGAGAAGUCUAAGGACGAGAAGAAAAAGAAAAAGCCAAAGUACUUGAAGGAUGUAGUUUUUAAGCAUUUGAUGGAGGAGGGUCCGGAGUUUGGAGAUAAAGAAGACAACGAAGAAGAAGAUGAGAAGAAAGUCAAGACAUAUUUUGAGGAGCAAGAGGAUUUGAGAAAGGAAUUUUUGAAUGCUGAUAAGGAGGAUGAGGAGGACUUGUUUAAGUUGAAAGUAAAUGAGAAAAGAGGGGAUGAGUUAGGUGAUGACGCGGAGGUCCCUACGGAGUUUGCUAAGAAAUGGGAUGAGGCUUUUGGGGAGUAUGACAAAUUUUUAAAGGAUUAUUUGGGGACCGAGAUGUGGAGGGAUGAUAAGAAAUGUAAAAGAGAUGAUGUGGAGGAGGUGGAGUUUUCGGAGGAUUAG